GAGCGACGGGACCAAAGGAUGAAGCUGUUCGUGUUGCUGCUGCCGGCCCUGCUGGCUCUCUCCUCCGCCUCCCUGCAGGAAAUUGUCAAAAAGCGAGUCCAGCAUCGAAAAGUUUCGUUGCUGAACCCAGUACUGGAGGACCAGGUCCCUGAAGUAAGUGGUAGCAGCGUCGUGUCUGCUCCUCUGGUUCCUGCGGACCUGGAGCAGCAGCAGGAUCUGCCUUCGUCCUUCCUCUUCGGCGAUAACGUGAACCUGGAGUGGCUGACCUGGGACGGCUCUCUGCCCAAUGGAGCCAUUUCCAUCUACAACGGCUACACCAAGCGCACCGACUACGUCUGCAAGUACAAGUGUGAGGCCGGUUUCUACAACCCCAGCCUGGGCCCGUACUGCAGAUACCCUUAUGGAGAGCGAGAGUACUAUGCCCCCGAGUUUGAGAUCCUGGCCAACAAAGACAACUUUGAGUUUCUGGAGUGGAAAGAAGACUCCUACGGUUCUGUUCCACAACAUUCAGUGAAGACCUGUGCAGGUGUUGGUAUCUACGUUGGAAAGAAUAAGUAUGGGCUUGGAAAGGUUGUUGCUCAGUUUGAGGCCUUCUUCUUGCCCUGGGAAGGUGACGAGUACUGGUACAAGAAGUACCAGGUUCUGACCAUCAACAGGGAUGUCUACAGCCAGCACAUCACCGACGUCAAGUACGCCAUCGACGAGGUCGCCAUCUUUCAGUAUCCUCCUGAAACCAUGCGCAUCUCUGGAGUCACCAACAACGAGUGCCAGGCGAUCACCAAGACAGUCACCAUCUCCAAGACCUCAGAGACGGAGACCACCUGGAGCAUCGGCCGAGCCACCAUGCUAGGCAUCACAGGCAGCAUCACAGCCAAGAUCCCCCUCAUCGGCUCCGGUGGCAUCGAGCUGAGCGGCGAGAAGACGCUGCAGUUCUCCAGAGGAACCACCGUCGUAGAGUCCAUCAGCCACUCCGUGUCCGUGGAGCUCACAGUCCCACCAAACCACAUCUGCAGGGUCCACAUGGAGGGGCGCAAAAUCAAAGCCGACAUCCCCUACACAGCUCGGCUCAGCAGAACGUACCGCAACGGAGAGACCCAGUGGACCUCCAUCUCUGGAACGUACGAUGGCGUCCAGAUCGGAGAGGUCCGGGCCGUGGUGGACCGCUGCGAACCUGUGGCUGAUGCUCAACCCUGCCCUUGA